AAGUAUAACUUUUUGGCGCCAUUUUUUACGAUAUUAACUUGCUUUUACCAGUUGCAGUGCUCACAAUUAAAAUGAUAAAGACAAAGUCUGUCAAGCCAGCCAAAUUAUAUGUUAUAAAAAGAGAUGGAAGAAGGGAAGAGAUACAUUUUGAUAAAAUUACAUCAAGAAUCCAGAAAUUAUGCUAUAAUUUGAAUAUGGACUUCGUUGAUCCUGUUUCAAUAACCCUCAAGGUCAUCAACGGACUCUACUGUGGUGUAUCUACACAGGAGUUGGAUAACUUAGCCGCGGAAAUUGCAGCCAGUUUAACAACUCAUCAUGCAGACUAUGCACUUCUAGCUGCCAGGAUUGCAGUUUCCAAUCUUCACAAGGAAACUAAAAAAGUUUUUUCAGAUGUUUUUGAAGAUCUUUUUAAACACGUUAACAAAGAAACAAAUCUGCCUUCACCUUUGGUGUCAAAAUAUCAUUACAACAUUGUUAAAAACAAUUCUGAUCGCUUAAACUCGGCUAUUAUUUAUGAUCGUGAUUUCGGAUAUAACUAUUUUGGAUUUAAGACACUUGAGCGGUCAUAUUUGCUAAAAAUAAAUGGCAAAAUAGCGGAAAGACCGCAGCAUUUGCUAAUGCGUGUUGCAAUAGGUAUACAUGGUGAAGAUAUUGAAUCUGCGGUUGAAACCUACAAUUUGCUCUCUGAACGUUUUUUUACACAUGCAUCUCCCACACUUUUUGCUGCAGCCACAGAUCGGCCACAAUUAUCUUCAUGUUUUCUUUUAACUAUGGUAUCUGAUUCGAUUGAAGGCAUUUUUAAAUCAGUUGAACAAUGCGCAAUGAUUUCGAAAUCAGCUGGUGGCAUUGGGCUUAAUGUCCACUGUAUUCGAGCUAAAGGCACCUCAAUUUGUGGAACAAAUGGUACUUCAAAUGGAUUAGUACCAAUGCUUAGAGUAUUUAAUAAUGUGGCACGUUAUGUUGAUCAGGGCGGUGGUAAAAGACCUGGAGCAUUUGCCAUUUAUUUGGAACCUUGGCACUCGGACGUCUUCGAAUUUUUGGAUCUUAAAAAAAAUACUGGAAAAGAGGAACAUCGUGCACGCGACUUGUUUUUUGCAUUGUGGAUUCCUGAUCUGUUUAUGAAGCGUGUGGAAGCCAAUGAGAAUUGGUCAUUAAUGUGUCCACACAAAUGCCCCGGCCUCCAAGACGUUUGGGGUGAAGAUUUUGAAAAUCUCUAUAUCAAAUAUGAGCAAGAGGGUCGUUCAAAUCGAGUUAUUAAAGCACAAUCUCUUUGGUUUGCCAUUAUUGAAUCUCAAGUAGAGACUGGUACUCCUUAUAUGCUCUUUAAAGAUUCGUGUAAUAGAAAAAGCAAUCAACAAAAUGUUGGAACUAUAAAAUGCAGUAACUUAUGCACGGAAAUUGUUGAGUAUUCAGCGCCAGAUGAAAUAGCUGUAUGUAAUUUGGCGUCAAUUGCACUAAACAUGUUUGUGACGCCAGAAAAAUCGUAUGAUUUUAAAAAACUUAAAGAAGUUACUAAAAUAGUUACGAAAAACUUAAAUAAAAUAAUUGAUAUAAAUUACUACCCUUUACCAGAAGCUAAAAAAUCGAAUUUACGACACCGUCCAAUUGGUAUUGGAGUUCAAGGAUUUGCGGACGCAUUAAUCUUAAUGCGGUAUUCUUAUGAAAGUAACGAAGCAUUCCUUUUAAAUCAGCAAAUCUUUGAAACAAUUUACUUUGGAGCUCUGGAAGCGAGUUGCGAAUUGGCUCAAAGAGAUGGGCCCUAUGAGACCUAUAUUGGAAGUCCAGUAAGCAAAGGAAUUUUGCAGUAUGAUAUGUGGAACAAAUCGCCAACAGAUCUUUGGGACUGGAAUGCUCUAAAAAUGUUGAUUAAGCAACACGGUGUUAGAAACUCUUUACUAAUUGCUCCGAUGCCUACGGCAUCCACUGCCCAAAUAAUGGGUAACAAUGAGUCGUUCGAACCUUAUACUUCAAACAUUUAUACAAGAAGAGUAUUGUCCGGCGAGUUUCAAGUAGUAAAUCAUCACUUGCUACGUGAUUUAACAGAGCUUGAUUUGUGGGAUGAUGAUAUGAAAAAUCAGAUAAUAUCAAGUCGGGGUUCAAUACAAAGCAUUGAAUCUAUUCCAAAAGAAAUUCGAGAUUUAUAUAAAACAGUGUGGGAGAUAUCAGUUAAGUCAACUAUUAAAAUGGCGGCUGACAGAGGAGCGUUUAUUGAUCAAAGCCAGUCUUUCAAUAUUCAUGUUGCUGAACCCAAUUAUGGAAAACUCACAUCAAUCCAUUUUUAUUCGUGGAAAGCGGGACUAAAGACAGGAAUGUAUUAUCUUCGUACAAAGCCAGCAGCUAAUGCUAUUCAAUUUACUGUAGAUAAAAAUAUAUCUGUAGUGGAAACUAACGGACAAAGCUCAUUUGACCAAAAUGCUUCGUUAGAAGUUAGUAAUACAAGUGAGUCUGAUAUGGAAAGAGAACGUAAAAUGGCAGAUAUGAUUUGUUCUCUCGAAAACAAAGAUGCCUGUUUGUCUUGCGGAUCAUAAACACAUUUAAACUUCAUUUUAUAUACGCUAAAAUUUAUAAAUAAAAAGUAUUUAAUAAAAAAUAAAU